AUGGGCAAGAAGCAAGUCACGGCCGCCACCUCCAAGCCUGCCUCGGCCAGAGCAGGUGCCUCGAAAUCUUCUAUCCUGAAAUCCUCCUUCGCACCGUCAACUUUCCAACUACGGCUGUUUGCCUCGGUCAUACAAAGCUUUGAGUCUCAGCAGUUGCGCGUUCAUGACACCUCCACUGGCCGUUUGCGGUGCCAGCAUGCUGCAAAGCCCGGUCAGAGGUUUACUUGCCUAGAUUGGGGACACUCGACCUCACAUCCCAAUGGCACUCCCAGUAAAAAGAGCAAGAAGCAAGACAGCGUCAUACUGGCUUAUGGCACAAGUACAUCUGAAGUCUGCCUGUUCUCACCUUCGGAAGGUCGGUUAGUUGGUGAACUUGCUGGCCAGCACGAAACAGGCAUUGCCGACUUCAAAUUUUCGCAGACCGACUUCAGGCACGGCUGGAGCUUAGGAGGUGAUGGGAAGUUGACACAAUGGGACGUCAACAGUAGGAAGGCUUUGCGCACUAUCUCCUUGCCCGACUCUACCAUCCAUACGCUCGCGCCCAUCCACCUGCCUACAUCAAUACUCUGCGCCUCCUCAACACCCUACAUGAUAUUCACCGACUCUCAAGAUGACAUUCAGCCCCAAUCGUUCGACGCAAUGAAGAACUCAAUACUGGCUUUGUACCGCUCCACCCCCGACAAAGCAUCUUCAGCCGAAUUCUUCCUUGCUGCGGACGGCGAUCGUUAUAUCAAUCUAUACGAUACUGGGAAGCAUCGCUUAGCAAGAACUUUGAUUGCAAGCAGUGAGGUCAAAUCUCUCGAUCUCGGUGCCGGAGAUGUCGAUUUGGCUAGUGAGCGAGAUCAACAAGUCCUUGCUGUUGUCAAUAAAGAUGGCACAGUCGAGCUCUUCCCAAAACCAUUUGUUCCGCCGCAAAGUCGCAAUGGCGACCUCAAGUCUAGUCGCAAGGACCUGACUCAAAAGUCAGCUGCGCAGAUCAAGCUUGUUGACUCCUCCAACCGAUCAGCCGCUAUCUUCGCCGCCUCAAUACAAGGACCAGAGGUCGUUCUAGCCUCGGUAGAUGGCGGUGUCGACCUGAGUUUUCAGAAGAUUCGUUGGCAAGACGAAGGCUCAGGCGAGCUACUCUUCACUGGCGUCAAGGAGUUGAUGAAGGCCAGGUCUGUCGCGUCCCUCUCGGCUAGUAUCAAUGGUGCGAAAGACAUGGGCAAGCCGCAUGUCGAUGAAUCAAGUACUGUCGUCACCAACGGCAUCGCCCCUGCAGGGUCCCAGGAGGUUGCCAUAGAAAUUGACAGCACUGACGUUGAUGAUGACGAAGAAGCCGAAACGGAUUCAGAUGCCGGGGAUUUCCAAGCCGAAGCCGAUGGUGCUUCCGAAGCAUCUGAAGGCGACGACGAAGAGAUGCAGGACGCGCCUGCCGUCCCAACCACCUCCGAGACACUCACCACAAUGACCUCCGAUCCCGCCGCAACUGCUGCUACAGACGGAGAGCCGACGUUCGGUGAUCGCCUCGCCAACCUGCACCCGAAUCCCAAGACCAUUGCUAUCCCCAUCGAGCCUUCACCCACGUCUCUCCUGACGGCGGGUGGCCACCUUUCCCUUCCUACCGGUCUUUCCCUGUCCACAGUCCUCACACAAGCCCUGCGCACCUCUGAUUCGCCGCUUCUUGAAGCUUGCCUACACACUCCAGACCCAACCGUUGUACGAAACACACUUACACGUCUUGAUCCGAGCCUUACUGGUAUUCUGAUCCAGAAGCUGGCUGAGCGUAUGGUCUCCCGUCCCGGCCGCUACGGUGGCCUGCAAGUAUGGGUCCAGCACUUGUGCGUCGCGCAUGGUGCAAGCAUCAGUCAAAAUGUUGCUGCACGGGAGAGUUUGAAAAGUCUGUAUCGUGCAUUGGAACAGCGGGCAAGUGGGCUACCGAAUCUACUGCUGUUGAAGGGGAAGCUACAAAUGGUGGAGGGUCAAUUGCGCUUUCGAAGAGAGAUCGCCGCUCAACGUGCCGAAGCUGGAUUUGGAGGCGCUGCAAAACCUGUCAACGUCAUGGUCGAGGGCGAGGGCGAUAAUUGGGAGAGCGAAGAGGAGUACGACGAGGCUGCCGGCGUUGAGACCAAACGUGGCAAGAGCGCCCGGAAGGCAUUGAAUGAACUCGUCGCUCACGACUCCGAGAAUGGAGAUGACCAGGAUGAAGAAAUGCCACUUGCUCUUACGAACGGCGUCUCCGACUCCUCUGACAACGAAGAGCACUCUUCUGACGAGGACGUGGUACAGCGGCCAGGCGGACUCGUUGUCGAUGAGGCAGAGGAGGAGCUUGAGUCCGGCUCUGACGACGAAGACGAAGGGAGCGACCAGGGCAGCGAGGAUGAUGAGGAUGAUGAGGAUGAUGAGGAUGAUGAGGACGAUGACGAGGACAGCGAGAUGGACGGCUUCAUCAAUGACGAAGAAGUCUCCGUAGGUGAAGAUGAUCCCAUACUCGACGAUGGCGACGAAGAAGCGGAAGAGAAACUCAAGACCAAGAGGCGUAAGACUUGA